AUGCUGACCACCAUCGGGCUGCUGCUCAACCUUGUGUUCCCCAUAUUGGGGUUCUAUUUUUCCAUCAGUUGCCCCAACCACCAGCAAUGUCAACAGGCUCUGCUCUCAGGCAACGACAUUAUCCUGCACUGCAACUCUUCCGGGGCACAUUGGUACUACUCCUCCCAAGAGAUCAUCAAGCCUAUUGACCUCUCCAAUGUUCCCAACGUAGACAUCAUGCUUGAUGGCAGCAUUCUCAUUAUAAAUCCACUGCCUUCCCAGACAGGCCUCUACAGCUGCCAGGACCAGAACGGCAGCCAAGUGGUACAGUAUGAAAUUGACUUCCAAGAUGUCACCACCUUGCAUAUUUCGCACAAAAACCUGGGUCAAAAGCCCUUGCAGAAUGAGAGCCUGAACAUAGAUGAUAAAGUACUCAUCUUCACCCACUGGGAGCCCUGGCAGGACUGUAACCGCUGUGAGGAGCCAGGAGAGCGUAAACGUCUGGGGUACUGCUACAUCAAGGAGCCCCUGAAGGAUCCCAUACCCUGCUGGCUCUAUCUGGGAGAUGUAAGAGUGUGGUCCACACGCUUGCGGCCUGAGCUCCAAGUAGAAACCUGCAUUGAACCAUGCAAACCUUCCCCAAAGUUGGACAAAUUCUUUGUUACCUUUGACAACUUCAAGCUCAAUGAAGAAUCCGAAUCUGUGUGGCUCAACUGCCCCCUUGGAUCUAUCUACAGGCCCCUCAACUGGGAAGCCAACAACACUCCCUUGACUUGGCAUGACCAGCUCUCUGGUCAGGAAUUUGGUACCAGCUUGGACCUCUUCAGUGGAGGCAGAAGGCUGCAGAUAUUCCAGCCAGCCAUUUACACCUGCUUCAUACAACAGGAAUUCGUGGCUCGAUUCAAUCCCAUGUUCAACCCAGAGGUGCUGGAGACUCAGAGGGGUGAGGAAGCAGGGAAAACCCAGCAGAAGACAUCCAUCCUCAAGGCUUUGAAGGUUAUAUUGUUUAUGGCCACAGUCCUGGUCUUCAUUGGGGCAUUGUAUAGGUUCCUCCGUCCUUCCCAGAAGAAGAGAUGCAAUCAGGUGCUGCUUGUGAAAUAA